GUUGUCAAUAAUGUAUACCAUAAUUGACCAAGCUCUGUAACAUUCUUGGCCAUUACAUAAAGCUUCACCUUAUGCACCAAGUACAUUUUCAAAUUCAGUACGCAAGUUCAAUGGAUUCUUCACGAAUUUCCCUCCGUCCAUUCAAGCUCUCUGACGUUGAUGACUUCCUGAAAUGGGCUAGCGAUGACAGAGUAACGCGCUAUCUUAGAUGGAACAUCACCUCCAGGGAAGAAGCAUUGACAUACCUUGAGAAGGUUGCCAUACCCCACCCUUGGCGUCGAUCAAUAUGUUUGGAUGACCGUUCGAUUGGCUACAUUUCCAUCCGGCCAGAAUCCAGGGACAACCGAUGCAGAGCGCACAUUGGCUAUGCUCUGGCAAAGGAUUACUGGGGGCAAGGCAUAGUCACAAUAGCAUUGAAGAUGGCAAUCUCUGGAGUUUUCACAGAAUUUCCAGAUUUGGUGAGGGUUGAAGCUUUGGUAGAGGUAGAAAAUAAGGGGUCUCAAAGGGUGCUAGAAAAGGUUGGGUUUCUGAGAGAAGGGUUGUUAAGAAAGUAUGGAUUUUGCAAAGGAGAAAUUAGAGACAUGUUUAUGUAUAGCUUCCUAAUAACUGAUAAUAUGUUGUGA